AUGGGUGGGGUAACGAGGAUGAUGGAAGGGAAGGAAUCCAACUACACUAGGACAACGUCCGACUACAUUAUCACCGCACAAGGACAGUUUGCCAGGCAACAUGUGGAUGAGUAUGUACAGCACGCUUACCAGUGGUAUAUGGACUAUGUUUCAGCGCAGAAAGACCUAGCAAGCUAUAUGUACGUCAUGAGAUCUACGACCAAGGGAAACGCCAUGGGAGAAGAUGCCUGGGAUGACGUUAACGGAUACUCCCAUUUAACCUCAAGCACAAAAUUGAAAAAAGACGGCGCACAGGGCGCGCUAUCGCAAGACCUGUUAAAUUUUAAGAACCAAAAUAAAGGGUCCUCGUUUGGUGUGGCUGGCGAUGAUGAUCUGAACCUAGCUGGUCUUCUGAAUGUGCUGGAUGGCAUUGUAGAUUGCCCAGGUCGUAUUGUGGUCAUGACUACCAACCAUCCCGAGAAAUUGGUCCCUGCCCUGAUUCGCCCCGGACGCGUUAGUCUUACUGUGUACCUAGGGUUUAUCCAACCCACUGAAGCAAUCGCGAUGUUGGCCCACUUUUUCCAGUGUGAACAGUUGCCUUAUAUGCAAGACUCGGUGACGCGAUCAUUGAAGACGGUCAUUCGUACGUUUACUUCUGCUGAGAUGGAGCAGUUGUGCUGCGAAUACGACACUAUUGAUGAGGUGCUCGGGGCGCUUGCAACCGUUGCUUCGAAACCGAAAGAAACUCUUUCGGCUCACCAUUAUACUCCGGCGAAGGUACGAACACCAGUAUCAGAGAGCUCAUUGGAAGACGCGGAUUCGAUCCAGUCUAUAUCAUCGGAUUCAUCGGAUUCGGGAUCUGAAUGGGAUUCUGAAUUAAUGACAACCAUGUAG